AUCAGCCAGUCAAACAACACAGACCUACUCGACAUGAACAAGUUGGUGGUGUUGUUUUGCGUUGCCUUAGCAAGGAAUAGCUUGGCUAGCCUAGGGCAUAAUGAAGUUUCUCUCAGUUACGGUGCUCCAGCAGCACUUAGCACCCUCACAGGCUCAGCCUGGACCGCAACCCAAAGCCACGCUACUGCACCUAUCUGGGCAGCUAAGACAUACAGCCAUGCUGCAGCUGCCCCAGCAAUCUCUACUGCAUCACUUUUGACCGCUAAGACUUACGCUGCAGCACCUGGUCUCGUUACUUCACCACUUUUGACAGCCAGGAAUUAUGCUUCAUCGCCAGUUGUCUCCACAUACGCUUCUGCUGCACCACUGUUGUCAGCUAAGACAAUCGCUGCAGCUCCUGCUUGGACCGCUGCCCCAGCCAUCGCCACCGGUUACGCAGCAGCUCCAGCAAUUGCCACCGGCUACGCUGCAGCUCCAGCAAUUGCCACAGGCUACGCUGUUGCUCAUGGCAUCUCCACCGGAUACGCUGCUGCUCCAAGUAUUGCCACCGGAUAUGCUGCAGGAGCUCCAGUUGUCGCCGCUGCUCCGAUUGCUGCAGUUGCCACAGCUGCACGUCUCGCUACUCCAACCACCUUCACUUCUACUGGAGUUUCCAUCGAAAAGAACAUUCACUAUGGCACUAAAUCUGUUGUAACGGGUUAUACAAGCACCGUCCACAAACCCAACUUUGGUGCUCUUGCCACACCCCUCGAAACUGUUUCAAAACAAUCCGUUAUUGCUGCUGGUAGACAGGUCCAAACUAUUAUUCCUCAGGUAACCAAAGUUGAACCCGAAGUUACCGUAAAGAAAGUUCCUUACGAUGUCCCCGUACCAACCCCUGUGGUAUCUGAAGUCGAGGUUCGCACCCCUGUCGUACGUGGCCCCGCUGUAGCCAUCGCUCCAGCCGUUGCAGCCCCAGCAGUUGCUUCUUAUGCUGCCGCUCCAGCCAUCGCCGCUGCUCCAGCUUGGACUGCCACAAAUACUUAUGCUGCCGCUCCAGCUUGGACUGCAACUAAAACUAUUGCUGCUGCCCCAACUUGGACUGCUACUAAGACCAUUGCUGCCGCUCCAGCAUGGGCUGCUGCCAAGACUUAUGCUGCUGCCCCAGCAUGGACUGCUACUAAAACCAUUUCUGCUGCUCCAGCUUGGACCUCAACUAAGACCAUUGCUGCAGCUCCAGCUUGGGCCGCUGCCAGCACUUAUGCUGCUGCUCCAGCUUGGACUGCAACUAAGACCAUUUCCGCUGCUCCAGCAUGGACAGCUAUUAACACUUACGCCGCCAGCGUCCCAGCCCUAUCUGUUGCACCAGCUCUAAAAGUUGCCACACCAUCAAUUGCCAUUGCACCACAUCUCAACGUAGCUGCAGUCCACACCCCAUCCGUUAUUGACUCAACCCACAUUAAAGCUAAACAGUGGUAGUGAAUUGAAGUUUUUUUGUAUAUAAAGACUGAUAUUGAAUUAUGAACGAUGAUACAGUUCUUAGUUUUGUACAGAUCUAAUGAAUAGAUUUUUUAUGAACCCUAAAUGAUUAAAGUCUCAUAUUUAUGUAGUAAAUAGCAUUUUUAUCAAUCUAAUAACCCCAAACUAGC